AUGUCUUCAAAAACAACUAUUACUCAAGGAAUAGAAACACCAAGAGGUGUGAUUCUUAAACUUGCUAUACAUACCGUUAUGAUGAUAUUUCUUCCACUUAGCACUUACUAUUAUUCUUCAAAUUAUUAUUUUGAAGGGGAGAAUAAAGCAACAUUCGCUGCACUUGCGGCUGCUGGAAUUGCAAAUCUAGUCGUAUUUUCUUUUAUAGUUACAGCGGCUUUAGAAGAUUCUGACGGUGUAAAACGAGAUAAAAAAGAAUGA